CUUUUAAUGAUUAUACUACAGCUAUUUUCUGAAAGAUCUAGGAAUGGAAUCCUGCAACUCAAAUAGCUUUGAUUACUUCGAAAAUAAGAACCUUAAAGCUCUAGCUAGAAAAAUAGGGUCCAGGCCGAUAACUAAGAAUUUAUUUGGUAGGCAUUGGUAUUUUUGCGAAUUUAGUUCUGUUAUGCCUCAGCUUAUUGAACAAGGUUAUAAUUCCUCAAGGUACCUAGAAAGGAACCGACAAAGGCCGUACCCUACCUUUUUGGCAUUCACUCAUUGCUUGAAUGAAGACUUAAACACUGAAUUCUCCAGGGUAUUUGCUUAUGAUAAUCUAGGGGAAGAAAGAGCCCCAGUUAGUCCAGAUACUUUAGUGUUCAUUAGGAAUUACUUGAAAGAAGGUGUAUUCGGAAUAAGAGUUGUAAAAACAUCGAAUGCCCAAAGCCAAAAUUGGCUCACGAACAUAUCAAAUGAGAAAAGCAGAUUGUUAGAGGUUCAAAAGUCGUUGAAACUUAACGAAUCGAUAAAGGCCUUAUCUCCUCCUGAAUUGAAAAGCUUUGAAUACGAGAUUUAUGAGCACCCAAUGCAAAUCGAAGAUAUUCCUCAAAAAAAAGUGAAAAUGAUUGCAGGUAAUGCAAGUUCUCCUCCAAAGACUAAGAACAUAGAAAAUGAAGAUUUUGAAUUGUUUGAGGCAAAAAAAAAUAGCAAUAACGUCUCUAUAGCGAAUUUAGGUGCCGGUGCAUUGCUGACGGCGGGGGCAGUAUCCACUACAUCUACGUUUACAAGUGUGGUUGUCUUAGGAGUGACACUACUGUAUUUUUCUCGAAUUAUUGCUGAUGCGAAUUCGAAAUCUGUCUAUAAAGCAUCCUAUUCUAUUCUUAGUAAAUUAAGAAAUAUAACAACGAAAAUAAAAACUGCCUUAUCAUUGAGCGAUAAAAAAGAACAUAUGGCCGCUGAUUAUAUUAUAAACGAUGACUGUUAAUCUGAAAGUGAUUGAAUUGAAGUUUAUGUACAGCCAACCAAUAACCGUUAGAUGCUUAGCACGUAUAUCCCAAAAACUGCAUAGAACUGCAACAUGGAAUUCCCUCUUGCUUGGAAAAACUACUAUUUGUUGUAAAAGCAGAUAGUCUAUCUCA